AUGGCAGGCUCACUUAGCAAGGACGAUGCGGUCGUCAUAGUCGGCGCCGGCAUCUUUGGACUCAGCACCGCGUUGCACCUAUCUCGCCGGGGAUACAAGAACGUCACCGUCUAUGACAAACAGCCUUACCACGAAAGUCUGUAUUCGUAUUUUAAAGGCGCCGAUGGAGCCUCUGCAGACAUGAAUAAAAUCAUCAGAUCUGCUUAUGGCGCACAAACAGAGUACCAGGGCUUGACCAUCGAAGCGCUAGAGGGCUGGACCGCUUGGAAUGAGGAGCUGGCAAGCGGGAAGACAGUUCCACCCGGCCUUACCACCAACGACCGCGUAUUUGUCAAUAACGGCAACCUGUCACUCUCAGACUCGGCAACUCUGCCGCAAUUCGAGCAGGACACCGUUGACAACAUGGAGGCAGCAGGGCAUCGAAAUACUCAGCUGAUCACCAUUGAUGAAGAACACAAAAAGGUUGCAGCUGAAAAGGGAUGGUCAUUUGGGAUGGACCCAUUCCGCCGCUUACAAAGAGGGUUAAACGCGGCCGGCGUUCUUGACACGACGGGAGGUAUGGCCGUGGCUGACAAGGCCUGCCGUUUUGCGCUGCAUAAGGCGGCAAACCAAGGCGUCAAAUUUGUGUUAGACUCGCAGGCUGGUGCUCUUGUCUCGUUGAUCUACGAGGGCAAGAAGGUUAUCGGGAUUAAAACCCGAGACGGCAAGGCACACCACGCGAAGCUGACUAUUCUGGCGUGUGGUGGCUGGACGCCAUCUUUACUCCCAGCCCUGGACGGUUUGUGUGAGACGACGGCAGGGUCGGUGGUGCUGCUCAAGAUCCCGCGCGAAUCGCCGUUGUUUACUCGUUUCGCGCCUGAAAACUUCCCAACCUUCACAUACAAGGUACGGGACGGAGCUGAAGGUGGUCUGUACGGGUUCCCGAGGGAUGAGAAUGGCUGGCUUAAGAUCGGCUAUCGCGGAACCAAAUACACAAACCCCGUCGCGCAAGCUGAUGGCAAGGAACGCAGCGUACCCGUAACACGGUGGUCGACUGCAUCGGCGCCUGGCGAUCCGGACGAAGCCAGUAACGAGCGCUUGACGACGAUUCCCCAGCAAGCUCUGAAAGUUUUGCGCUUAUUCUUGGCAGAGAAUCUCCCGGAGCUAGGCGCCGAGGGCAUCGAUAUUUCUUUCACUAGGGUGUGUUGGUAUACGGACAGCUAUGACAACCAUUUUGUCAUUGAUUAUGUUCCCGACACUGAGGAGUCACUUAUGGUUGCGACUGGCGGUAGUGGGCAUGCAUUCAAGUAUCUUCCCAACAUUGGCAAUUGGGUUGUAGAUGCAGUGGAAAAGAAGGGUCAAGACCAAAUUCCACCAAAGCUUUGGAAGUGGAGACAAAUCGGAAAGCAGGAGAAACCGUAUAAUGUCUUAAUGGAAGGAAGCAAGGGCAUGACGGCUCUCGGCAACGUGCCUUUGGCGGCUGAGAUAGAGGUAUCUGGUAGUCUAAAAUCUAGGCUGUAG